GACAAUUUUGUGAGACUGUUUUGCAGUCGUCCCUUAUUGCUGAUGCUUAACAAAUCGCUGUAAUUCCUGUUAUAAUUAUAUAAGUACAAACAGUUGGAAAUAGUACGACAGAAAAAACCAUGACAACGUCGGCUGAAGCGGCAUGGGACGCAUCCAUGAUAGCCCUUUUCAGUAUCUAUGGUUCGCUGCUUCGAAUAUCGUUGACGCAGGUCUUUCAAUUCGAUGGCGAGACUGCCGCGACUGGUGGUUCUGUUGGGGUGGAGAAGUAUAUGAUCAAUUCCUUCGUGUCGAACGUCCUUGGGUGUUUCUGCAUGGGCCUCCUCUGUCGUGUGCGAACUGAGCCGAAGGGAAGCGACGCCAAAGUCAGGGGUAUACCUCCUCAAAACCAGGCUGGUUCCACUGUUGCGCACACGAAGCAGUUCACAAGGGGAGCGAAUCAGAGUCUUCCAGACGAGGAAGAUGCAAUGAAAGCGGAAGAGGUCGCGAAUGCAGGCGAACUGUUAGUACACACAAAGAAUACUGAUAAAUCACGCAUGGAGGUGGAGUCCUCUGCACAAAAUCAUAUUGCGAUCCCUUCUUCGACCUUUCAACACACGAAAGUACUUUUGGAAACAUUUGUGAGACAAAAUGUGGCACAUUUAAAAACCGGAUUUUGCGGAUCCCUGACCACGUACUCAGCAUUCAACCUAGAGCUGGCGAAGUCGCUGCGCCUGUCUAGAAGACUAGAAAACGGAGAGCCCACUUCAGAGCGCGCGGUUGAUUAUUCGGGACGAGGACCUGCAUUGAGCGUUGUUCUAUUUGGCUCGCUGACUGGAAGCUUCGUCGCAUUUGUCAUUGCCUAUUAUGUCUUGGGCAAGACGAAAACGAAAGGACAAAAACAAGGUGUGAUCGCACCUGAAGCGGAGAGCAUUGUCGAGUUGACAAAAAGCAAGACGCGUGAAGGCGGUGUAACCCUAAUAAACAUGACUUCUGUAGAUGGAGGCGCUUCUGAAGACAAGGAGAACAUAUUAAAUUCGUCGGGUGUUGCGAAGUCCAGAAAUGUGGGACGGAGUCAUGAUGUGAGGAGUCAAGGUCCGUUCAUUAUGUUUCCCGCCAUACUCGGAAUUUUUUUCUGCAUCCUGCAUGUCUUGUUAUUCUGGUUCGCGUUCUCCGGUGAGGAGACCGCUCACAGUGGCGCAGCAUGGACCUGGCUCAGCGUUUUAGCGGCAACGGUAAUUGCUGCCCCCUCCGGGGCGUCGUUACGUUGGUUCAUCUGCCGCCGUUUUGUGUCACUGACAGGUUGGACAAAAAGUUGCGGCACGCUGAUUGCGAACGUUCUAUCGUGCGCGGUGAUUUGCUUUUUGACUGCGACUAAGCACCAAGACAUUUGGCUAACCAAGAUUGUCCCAGCGGGCUUCUGUGGGUGCCUGUCGACGAUGAGCGCGUUUGUAGAGGAUAUUUUUCUGGUGUCACCACAUCCAUGCUUAUACAUGUUAUCGACGAUGUUCUUGUGUCUUGCGACCAAUUUUCACACGAUUUGGGGAGC